AUGAAGACUACAAAUUUGGAAAUUUUGGGAUUCGAAAGUGAGAAGUCCAAUGCUAUCGCCUCGUGCAGUGAUGAGCCAAGUGAGCGAAUGGAAGAAAGCUCGAUUUUCGACGUUUUUUUGAGAGCAACCAGAAUCCGGCAUCCGAUUGCGAAGACAACAACGACACGAGCUGUGCACAUGAGAAGUCGGAUGGAUCAUCGUGAGAAGUCGGAUGUAUCAAUUGGGUUUAAUAAUAAUUUUUCGUUUUUCGGAAUUUUUUUCGAUUUUGAUAUUCCAUUUCUGAAUACAAUACUAUUUAAGCAAUAUUGGUUCAACUUUUCUUCUGCUAAUUCGAAUUUUUGA